GUCAGUUCCAUCUGCAUUCAGGCGACGCCGUUAAAUAUUCCAUAUUCUCCUUCAACCUCUCGUCGCUAAUCAGCCAUCAGCAAUGGCAAUGGCUUCUUCAUGUUCCAGUGCAACUUCAUUCUUGCUCUUCUCCUUCUUCCUUUCCUUCUCUCUUCCCUUCUUCUCCUCCGCAAUAUCAACUGACACAAUCUACGCAGAAACUUCUCUGUCCGGAAACCAGACCAUCACCUCCAGAGGCGGCAGGUUCGUGCUUGGCUUCUUCACGCCACCAGGCAGCGCAGGCACGACCUCCUUCAACUACUACAUCGGCAUCUGGUACAAUAAGAUCUCUGUGCUCACCCCAGUGUGGGUGGCCAACAGAGCCAAUCCAGUCACGGACCCAACCGCGUCGGAGCUUAAGAUCUCUGCUGAUGGCAACCUCGUCCUCAUCAACCAGUUCAAAUCCGUCAUAUGGUCCACCAACGUCACCACCAUCUCAUCCUCCAACUCCACAGUCGUCGUGGUCAUCCUUGACAACGGUAAUCUCCAGCUCAGGGAUGGAUCCAACUCCUCGCUCGUCUUCUGGCAGAGCUUUGAUCACCCCACUGACACUUGGCUUCCUGGUGCCAAGUUGGGGUUCAAUAAGAUCACCAAAAGAUCCCAACACCUCACUUCCUGGAAGAACAAAGUUGACCCUUCUCCUGGGAUCUUCACCUUUGAGAUGGAUCCGACUGGAAACUUUCAAUACUUAUAUUUAUGGAAUUCAUCUCGGAUAUAUUGGGCCGCUGGAAUGUGGGAUGGGAACGAAUUUAGUUCAGCUACUGAUGCCCCAUCAGAUUAUAGGGCCUACAGGCAAGUUGUCAAUGAUACAGAUGAGAUGUAUGUCAACCAUACUGUAGAUAUUGCCAAUCAUCCCACGUCUAGACUAGUACUGGAUUAUGAUUCCGGCCAGAACCAAGUACUGGUGUGGAUGGAGAAUUCGAAGUGGAUGGUCGUCUGGGCUCAACCAAAAAGCAAGUGCACAGUUUAUGGGGUAUGUGGACCUUUUGGUAGCUGCAGUGACUUCUCCUCACCCUUCUGUUCUUGUGUUAAAGGUUUCAGGAUCAAGUCUCAGACAGAUUGGGAUUUGGGUGAUAGAAGUCAGGGCUGUGAGAGGAAGACUGGUUUACAAUGCAGUGGUCUAAACAACGACUCUGCCCAUUCAGAGAAAGAUGGCUUCUUUGAGAUGCCAAAUGUUAGGCUACCUGACAACCCUAACACUUUGGCCACAGCGGGAAGCAGGGAAGGCUGCCAGUUGGCUUGCUUGAGUAAUUGCUCCUGCAACGCUUAUUCCUUCAACGGUAGUGGAUGCUUUGUUUGGCAUGGAGGGUUGCUGAAUCUGCAAGAACAAUAUAAUCAAUCUGAUGCAGGUACUCUUUACUUGCGCUUGGCUGCCUCGGAGUUGCAAUCUUCUGGAAGCAACAAGAAGAGAAUGGUAGCACACAUAUCAGUCGGAGUCAUCGUGCCGGCUGGUGUAGUUUGUUUGUUCAUCAUUGGGGGUUUGGUAUGGAAGCGAGAAAGGAGGAGAGCUAUCCAAAACUCUAAAGUUGUGCAGAAUUCUUUGGUCUCCUUCAUGUAUGAUGAGUUGCGGAUGGCCACCAAAAACUUCUCAGAAAAGCUUGGAGGAGGGGGCUUUGGAUCCGUGUUUAAAGGGUUGUUACCCGUCUCAAUUGAUAUCGCUGUGAAGAAGCUUGAGGGUCUUUUACAAGGCGAGAAGCAGUUCCGAGCGGAAGUGAGCACACUAGGAGCCAUUCAACAUGUGAACCUCAUUAGGCUAAUCGGCUUUUGCUCUCAAGGGACCAAGAAGUUGUUGGUCUAUGAAUUCAUGCCAAGCGGUUCGUUAGCUGAUCAGCUUUUUCAUAGCAACUUCAAUGUUUUGGACUGGAAAACAAGAUAUCAAAUUGCUAUCGGAAUUGCAAGAGGAUUAGCUUAUCUCCAUGAGCAAUGCAGGGACAACAUUAUACAUUGUGACAUUAAGCCAGAGAACAUACUGUUGGAUGCUGCACUUGUGCCAAAAGUAGCUGAUUUUGGUCUAGCAAAGCUCGUCGGAAGGAACUUUAGCAAAGUUCUCACAACCAUUCGAGGAAGUAGAGGGUACAUCGCCCCUGAAUGGAUUUCGGGUAUGCCCAUCACUACAAAAGUAGAUGUUUACAGCUACGGAAUGAUGUUGUUCGAGAUCAUAUCAGGAAAAAGAAACCUAAUAUACAAAGGAGAAAGUAGUUAUGAGUUCUUUCCCUUAGUCGCAACAAACAAACUCAUAAUCGGAGAUGUCAAAAGCUUGCUAGACCAAAGGCUAGAGGGUAAAGCCAACUCGGAAGAGCUUGAAAUAGCUUGUAAACUUGCCUGCUGGUGCAUUAAAGAUAACGAAAUCUCGAGGCCAACGAUGAGUCAAAUUGUUCAAGCUCUAGAGGGCAAUCUGGAUGUCGGCAUUCCUCGUGUUCCAAGGUCACUCCAAGUCCAAAACGAGUCAUGAACCAAGAGCAUCAAUUCCUCUAGUUCACGUCAGAACUAAGGAUGACUGUGCCACUUCAACUAGUCCGCAGAUAAGGAGUGCUGCAACUUAUAUCCUGUUUAAGUUCUAAUAAAAUAUGUUGUUUUUCUAAAUGCAUGAAUUCAAAUAAAUUAAAGACUUACAAUGAUCUUUUAUUGAAUGUAAUUUUCAGACUUACUAGAUUUGCUAUCGAAAGAGCGAUCCCAAAGUUAGAAAAGCUCUCUACAAUUCUA